AUGGAAAAAGGUACAUCGGACGACAUUGGGAAGCUGCUAUGUCUCGGCGGGUUCUUCCCCUGCACCUUUCGCCGGCUCUUGCGUGUAUCUUGGGCAGUCGCGGAUGUCGUUGCCAUGCGCGCGGGUGGGACCAGAGAGUGUUCAGAUUUGAGUCGCCAGGAUGGUGUUUCCAUCGUUGAGGCGGAUGUUGGAGACGCGGCUCAGUGCUCGCACCCGCCGAAUUUUUACGUUUUCCAUGGCGCAUUGCACGAACAUUCUCAUGGGCGUGGAAUAUGGAAGGAACGAGUUAACAACCUGCUUUUGUCGGGAUUACUCGUAUUCGUUCCACAAGGAGUAACUUCAAUUAUCCUGUCGUUGAACGAUAGAAAACUGCCCAAGUAUCAAGAGGUAGACGAACCUUUGAAGUUCGAAUCGAAACAGGUGUGA